GCUCCUACAUUCAACACACAAAAAUCUCCUUUGAAUCGAAUAAAAUUUGGAGAAAUUCGAAUUUUAGAAUUUUCUUUUCUUUGAAUUCCCAUUUCUAUAAAUAGUCUUCCAAGAGUCAAUCACCAAGUAAUCUUUCUUCAUUAUCAAUAAUCGAAAGAAAAUUCUUCUUUUUCUUUAGAAACUUUGCAUUACAUUCCCAUUAUUCUUUCUUCAUUAUCAAGAAUUGCUAGAUCCACGCUUUCUUCACUUUACCAGAUCUCUGUUAUAGAAGAAAACUGCUGCUAACAAUGACUCUGGCUAAUGGCAAUGCUCACCGCAUGACUAACAAUGGCGAUGUAAGCAAACCCUUCAAAAUCUUUGUUGGUUAUGAUCCGCGUGAAGAUCUAGCUUAUGAUGUCUGCCGCCAUUCUAUAUUGAAACGUUCUUCAAUUCCUGUUGAGAUCACACCCAUUGUUCAAUCAGAUCUUAGGAAAAAAGGCCUUUAUUGGCGUGAAAGGGGUCAGUUGGAGAGCACUGAGUUCUCCUUUUCGCGGUUCCUAACACCCUACUUGGCGAAUUAUGAUGGUUGGGCUAUGUUUGUUGACUGUGAUUUCCUUUACUUAGCUGAUAUCAAGGAGUUAACGGAGAUGAUCGAUGAUAAAUAUGCAAUCAUGUGUGUUCAUCAUGAUUAUUCCCCCAAAGAGACCACGAAAAUGGAUGGUGCUGUGCAGACUGUGUAUCCCAGGAAGAAUUGGUCUUCUAUGGUGUUGUACAAUUGUGGUCAUCCAAAGAACAAGGGGUUGACUCCAGAGGUUGUGAACAAGCAAACGGGUGCAUUUCUUCAUAGGUUUCAGUGGCUUGAAGAUGAUGAAAUUGGAUCAGUCCCAUAUGUUUGGAAUUUUCUGGAGGGGCAUAACAAGGUUGUUAAGAAUGACUCGACAUCGUCUCCUAAAGCUAUACAUUACACUCGUGGAGGACCAUGGUUUGAGACAUGGAAGAAUUGUGAGUUUGCUGAUCUUUGGGUGAAUGAGAUGCAAGAAUACAUGGAAGAAAAGAAGUCAAAUGCAAGUUAAAUCAAAUCUACACAGACAGUGGUAUUUUCUAGUAUCUGUUUUACUAGUAUGUCCAUUUACUCUUGCUCCAUUUUUAUUUUUUAUUUCAUUGAAUAUGUUUUGUGUAUCCUAGAUCUGAUUAUGCUUUAGAGAAGAGGUAUUUUCUCUGUGGUAGUGUAUCCGAUGGAUCGUAUAUGUAAUUUUUCAAAUUUUUUAUUUGUUGAACUGAAUAGAUUUGGGAUCUAAUCCUUGGUAUGUUAUGCAGUA